GAUCCAAGUCCGUUGUCGUCUCCUUUGGGACCCCUCUCCGAAUCCCCCGAGUCCGAAUCGUCGGGCUUCCAAAAACUUUCCUUGCACACCGACCACCCCUUGAGAAGCUCGGUAGAUAGUCUGUCAUCCGGAUAUGACCCUCUUUCAAGAUCCCCAUUAUUCGAGAAUGACCAUGGACUCGGUCCAUCUGGGCUGGAUCGCAUCCGCCAACAUCAGCCGUCGCGGGUUCUAACCCUCCCUAACCUGUCAACCUCGUCUCUCACACCGAUGGCCACACUCCCUCGUACAUCUCCUACCCCGCGCUCAAGCUCGUCCUCCCGGGCACCCACCGGACAUAUGCCGCUCGGUCAGAGCAUCGGAGAUCUGGAGGAUUUGCAUCGAUUUCCGUUGGAAUCCCUUCAUUCAUUUUCCUUCGCCCAGCAAUCGGAGGAGUUACUGCACAACCGACAAAACAUUCUCAAACGAUCCAUCGAUUUCAUGCGCGACCGGAUGGGAUGGGCAGCCAGCAAUCCGGCCAUCGCCAACGCCCAGGCAAAUAUGAGUGGCGACACAGAUAUCCAGAGCAUGAUGGACCUCUUGACCCGGGCCCAUAUUCUGGACGAGGAGAAUGUCGGUCAUCCCCGAGGACCGAUCACCGGACCGGCGGACGUGAAUGGCGACAAUAUCUUCGAUCGAGCCUUUUCAGACCGCGGGCCAUCUCCAAUCAGUACGCGAGACGCAUCUCAGGAAAAUCCGCCCCCACCAGGGUCCCAGGCCACCUCGGACAGCUCUCAAAUGUUGAGCCCGGUGCCCACUGAUCGUAUCCCGCACUCUAGGAAGGACCUCAUUUCGGCUCCGACCUCCCGGCGCGUAAGCUUAAAACGUACAUACACAGACCUGACCUCCGCGUCGCUCAAAAGCAAGCUGAUGGAGACUCUAGCGCAACCAUACAACUCCACCGAUCCUUUCACCUCCCUGGCUUCCUCUACCAUAGGAUUGGGAUUCCCGAUUCCCCCCGCCCUGCAUACCCACAGCAGCAAAUGGACACCGGUUUCCCAGGCUGUCUUUCGGACCGAAGCCCAGGCCCCAUGGACUAUCCUCGCCGCUAAUGAUCUCUCCUGCCUCAUAUUUGGGGUGACCCAAUCCGAGGUCCGCCGACUUAGCAUCCUUGAGGUCGUACAGAAAGAGCACAGGCAGUGGCUCGAGGCUAAGCUUCGAGACCCCAGCACUGAUGCUGCAGCCCGCGCGCCCCUUCAGCCGGAGAGACCAAACAUCCGAGCGGUUAACCCCAAGUUUCGCGGACUAGGAAACGGGGUUACUGCGCAGCUACUCAGUAAACCGUCCUCCCGGGAAAAGUCUCGACGAGCGCAGACCGAUGAUGGAUACGGAUCCAGCACUCGAAACAACCGCAACGCAAACCACCCGGGUAACAAGUCGCGGGGUGUUCUGCUGUGUGGCGACGUGGUGCCGAUCCAGAAGCGCAACGGGACCAAAGGCUCAGCCAGUGUUUGGGUGAUGGAAAAGCGUGGUGGUCUCAUUUGGGUCUUAGAAGAGAUCACCGAGAACAUUGCCUCCAUUCACUGUGAUGAUUCUUGGCAUGUGGCUGAGGCCCAGGGAGACAUCGACAAGAUCUGGGGUCCAUCUGUAGUUCGUACGGGGCAGUCGAUAACCGAACUCUUACCUCGCCUGCCCGCCGAGUCCCUCGAGAGCUCGCCCGAAAACGGAUUAGAAAAGAUCGUCACUUUGAAACAUUUCGCCGCCCUCACUGCGGCCGGGGUGUGUAUUCCCGUCACCGUGGGCAGGACGGACGAACGGCGUACCCUGCAGGUGUCAAGCUUUCCGCAUGUUGCAGGCAUGAUGGUGCUCUCAUCCUCGACGUUGAACGUGAUCAGCUCCAAUUCCGUUUUCUCGUCGGCGCUGUUUGGCCAGGAGCGUCCUGAAGGACGUCAUAUCACUGAACUGGUGCCUGGGUUCGAUGAAAUCUUGGAUGUGUUGACCGAGGAGGACAACGUGCCAUUGGUGGAUGGCAUCGUGAUCCCAGAGCAUAGUUUCCGCCGGGCGCGGACCCUGUCCAUUCUCCGUGAUGGAAAGGCCAAUGCAGCUUCGGUCUUUACCGAACCUAGCGGUCUGCUGGCUAAACAUCGGGACGGUUCCACCAUCGUGGUCGAUGUCCAACUGCGUGUUGUCAAAAGCGGCACUUUCUUCACCAAGGAACCCCUGGAGAAGUCGGAGGAGCGAGCCAGCGACUCAGAUGACAGCGACGAUACGAUCGCUGUGACAGAGCUGGUCUAUGCAUUGUGGAUUACAUAUUCUCGACAGAUCCACGCUGCUGGCCCUGCCACUAACCUUUCGUCUCCAUUCCCCCCCUCGAAGCCCACUACCGCCACACCUGCUUCUGGAGCGGAUCAGCCGUUGGACAUCCCCCCUGGUACAAAACCCUCCGAUGCAAGCAAGUCGUCGGUUGAGGUCAAAUCUCUGAGCUCGACACUCAGUCAGCAGCUCAGCGAGGCAGCCUCCGAACCGCUCACUGACCGACCCGUGCAACCAGUUCCUGAAGUGAAAGCAGCCAAUGCCAAAGAAACGCCACUGAAGCGAACGAUUAACGACUAUGUGAUUUUAGAGGAAAUGGGACAGGGCGCCUAUGGGCAGGUAAAGCUAGCACGUCUGAAGAGGCAACCGAAUAAGAAAAUGGUCUUGAAGUAUGUCACGAAGAAGCGGAUUUUGGUGGAUACAUGGACUCGCGAUCGCCGACUGGGCACGGUGCCGCUCGAGAUUCAUGUUUUGGAUUUUCUCCGUCGCGACGGAUACAAACACCCCAACAUCGUGGAGAUGGAAGGUUUUUUUGAGGACGACAUCAACUACUAUAUCGAGAUGAUCCCGCACGGUCUGCCAGGGAUGGACCUGUUCGACUAUAUCGAGCUCAAGGCCAACAUGGACGAGUCUGAAUGCCGGAAUAUCUUCAAGCAGGUUGCCAGUGCCAUCCACCACCUCCAUACGAAGGCUCUCGUGGUGCAUCGUGACAUCAAAGAUGAAAACGUCGUUCUCGACGGUGAUGGACGGAUCAAGUUGAUCGACUUUGGCAGUGCGGCCUAUAUCAAGAACGGGCCGUUUGAUGUCUUUGUACUGCAAGGCAAGUCCUACCGUGGUAAGGAACAGGACAUUUGGGCCCUUGGAAUCUUGCUCUACACCAUUGUCUACAAGGAGAACCCGUUCUACAAUGUCGAUGAGAUCCUUGACCACCCACUGCGCAUCCCUUUCCUCCCAUUUUCCGAAGCGUGUAUUGAUCUGGUGCGCAAGAUGCUCGACCGCGACGUCGAUAACCGCCUGACCAUCACCGAGGUGCUCGAACAUCCCUGGAUGAAUGAAACCUGA